AUGACCAUUAAUCCAGUGUCAGUGUCAGAUGGAGGAACUUACAUGUGUAAAUUUGAUGAUGGGGCAGAAUCUGAAGAAAGAGAACUGAAAGUGGAAGUUCGAAACAGGGUUGAUGUGAUCCUGCAACCCAACUGGCCUCAGAUAUUCAGAGGAGAGACGAUCACUCUCAGCUGUGAGAUCCAGGAUGUUGGAGACACAGAGUGGGAGUAUGAAUGGAGGACACCCAGCUCAGAAACACCUCCACAACACAAAGAAUACAGGAUCAGCAGAGCUACUGCGUCCCACAGUGGAGACUACAGCUGUAGGGGUCGAAGAGACUAUUUGUUAACACAGUGGAGUGAUGUCAUCACAUUGACAGUAUCAGCAGAUAGACCUAAGCCCACACUGACAGCAGACAAAACCAUUAUACCAGAGAGGGGCGCUGUGACACUGAGCUGUUCUGUGGAGGGCUCUGCUGACUGGAAAUACUACUGGUUCAGUCGUACAUCACGCUCUUCUGGAGCUCAGCGCUUAAGGGAUGGUGGAGCAGACAAAGCUAUCACACAAGGAGGUCUGUACCACUGCAGAGGAGGAAGAGGAGAUCCAGAGACCUUCACUCAGGACAGUGAUCCAGUCACCAUUCAGAAAACUGCUCUGAGCUGCAGAGUUAAAGAUCCAUCUGCAGGAUGGAGGUUCUUCUGGUUUAAGGCUGUUCCCAAACUAUCAGGCAACUACUACGACCAAGAGCUGCUACCUGGCAGCAGCAACGGGACUGAACAGGAUUCCUACAUCGUUCAUGGACAGACACACACAGCAGGAUAUAAGUGCAGAGCUGGAAGAGGAGAUCCAGUGUAUUACACUUAUUACAGUGAACCAAAGUUUGUCUGGUCUGGAGAUUUUCAUUCAUCAGCGUCUCUCACAGUGAGUCCUGACAGAGUGCAACACUUCACCUCUGACUCUGUCUCAUUGAGCUGUGAGGGAAACUCUACUGAGUGGAGAGUGAGGAGGUUUACUGAGGACGACUACCCGUCAUACUCAUCAUACUGCUCCUACUGGGGCACAAUGACUGGAUCCACAUGCAGCAUAAACAGUUACUGGCAGAGUGAUGCAGUGUACUGGUGUGAGUCUGGAUCAGGAGAGUUCAGCAACGCAGUCAACAUCACUAUACAGAAUGAACAUAUUAUCCUGGUGAGCCCUGUCCGUCCUGUGACUGAGGGAGAUCCUGUUAGUCUCAGCUGCAAGUUCAGGACAGAAAAAUUAGUUUCAGAUGUGUUUUUCUAUCGAAAUGACAAACUGAUUCAAAAUGAUAGCAGAAGGGAGCUGAACAUCUCUGCAGUGUUGAAGUCAGAUGAGGGUUUCUACAAGUGUCAACACUCAGGAGAAGAGUCAGCACAGAGCUGGAUGUCAGUUAAAGUGUCCAGACCUGAAAGCUCUUCAGUUCCUGUACCGUUGAUUGUUGGGCUGGUUUGUGGAAUCGUACUUAUUCUUCUUCUGCUCCUUUUGUAUCGCUACAGACCGUCCAAAGAUUCCUGCUCCAUCAGGCCAAUCCAGUCUGAGAGCACUAAUCGAGGUUCUGCUGAAAACUACUCCUCUCCUGUCCACGUGGCUGCAGGUGAUGCUCCUCUCUAUGAAACAAUCAAAGGCUUUGAAAACACACAGAGUGUUGCAGUUGAGUCCCAGGGUUUAACAUAUUCUUUGAUCGAGCUUAAAAACGUUAGAAAGAAAAAGAAGCGACAUGAACCAGAGGAGGUCUGUGUUUACUCUGAGGUGAACACUUGGACUGCAGACGACAGUCUGAUGUAUGCCCAAGUCAACCGCCGCAAUAAAGGUAAAGCCAAGAAAAACAAAGGAAAAUCACCUACUGCAGCAGCUGAUGAAACAGUUUAUUUUGAAGUCAAACCAGGAACAGCUCUUGACAACAAUCUGAUGUAUGCCCAAGUCAACCUCCGCAAUAAAGGUAAAGCCAAGAAAAACAAAGGAAAAUCACCUCCUGCAGCAGCUGAUGAAGUCAAACCAGGAACAGCUCUUGGUCUGUAAAGAGAGCUGUGUUGGUAAAGAAAAAUGGUCGACAGCAUUUUAUAAACUUACUGUGUGGACGUCUGCUUUCAAACAUGAGACAUGUUCAGUAUUAUAUUAAAUAUUGUCAGCAGAUUAUAUAAAAGAAUGACAUCAUAUGGAUUUAAUUUCUC